CUAUGACGAUGAUGGGUUCUGAGAAAAUGGAAAACUCCAUGGAAAUAGAAAAAGAGAGUUUUGGAAGCAGUGAGAUGGAGAAGACGAAGAUAAGUCUUAUGAGGAUCUUGGUUGAAAGACAAGAUCCAUCUUCCAGGGAAGUUGACGAUUCGACAUUGAGAAGAUUUCUGAGAGCUCGUGAUCUUGAUGUAGAGAAAGCAUCAAACAUGUUCCUUAAAUACCUCAACUGGAAACGAAACUUUGUUCCCAACGGUUCCUUUUCAGCAACCGAAAUCAGGCAUGAACUCGAACAGAAUAAGAUGUUCUUGCAAGGUUCGGACAACAAAGGACGACCGAUAGCAGUAGUUCUUGCUUCAAGACAUUUCCAACAUGAAGGGGGCGUUGAAGAAUUCAAGCGUUUUCUGGUCUACCUUUUCCACAAAAUAUUCACAAGGAUGCCUCCAGGACAAGAGAAAUUCAUUGUGAUUGGAGAUCUUAAAGGCUGGGGGUACGCAAACAGCGACAUCCGUGGAUACCUUGCAGCGCUCUCUCUCGUGCAGGAUUAUUACCCUGAAAGACUAGAAAAGCUCUUCAUAGUUCAUGCACCUUACAUAUUCAUGACUGCAUGGAAAAUCGUUUACCCUUUCAUAGAACAAAAAACCAGGAAUAAGAUAAUGUUCGUUGAUAACAAAUCGCUGAAAUCGACUCUGCUUGAAGAAAUAGACGAAAGCCAGCUCCCUGAAUCAUUGGGUGGCAAGCUUCCAUUGGUUCCCAUUUAAAACAGCU